UAUGUUGUUUUCUUGGUACAACCACCAUGUCGGGAUGUUGUAUAUGGGGUGACAGCGAAAGCAGAGAGACGCAACAAUGAAGUCAUGAAUAGGAGCGGCUUGAGUACUGCAAGUCUCGUGUGUCAUUCUGAGAAGAUUGAAAUAGAUAGGGCGAGUGUGACUUGACUGAAGGGUAUGGCGAAAAGGCAGGUUUGGGGACGAGAAAAAUCUGCCAAGACCUAAUAAAUUGGUGGAACAGGCUGGGUGGACUGAAUGGCCUCUUCCCGCGUGAUGGAAUGGAUACCAGGACGGCCAUAGUUGAGAUUGUGAAUGGAAGAGCGACAACUGGUAGUGCUCGACUGGCACAGGGGAGAGUAUUGAUGGACAAGCACUUUAGCAACUCUGGGCAGUUGUUUUGACACUCGAAAAGAUGGGAGGUGCUGUGAGUGCCGGUGAAGACAAUGAUGAUUUAAUUGACAAUCUGAAAGAAGCACACUACAUCCGAACAGAGGUAGUAGAACAAGCUUUCCGAGCCAUAGACCGUGCCGAUUAUUACUUGGAAAUUUACAAGGAUAAUGCCUAUAAAGACUUGGCUUGGAAAAAUGGUAACAUCCACUUGUCUGCACCCUGUAUUUACUCUGAGGUAAUGGAAGCACUGGAUCUACAGCCAGGACUGUCCUUUUUGAACCUUGGAAGUGGCACUGGCUAUUUGAGUACAAUGGUUGGUUUAAUUUUAGCAGGUCCCUUUGGCGUGAACCAUGGAAUAGAGCUUCAUGAUGAUGUUGUAGAGUAUGCCUACCAAAAGCUUGAGAACUUCAUCAAGACCAGUGACAGCUUUGAUAAGUUUGAAUUCUGUGAGCCAUCAUUUGUGGUGGGUAACUGUCUAGAGAUUGCCUCAGACAGUCGUCAGUACGACAGAGUUUACUGUGGAGCAGGAGUCCAGAAGGAUCAUGAAGAGUACAUGAGAAACCUGAUUAAAGUUGGCGGAAUCCUUGUCAUGCCACUGGAAGAGAAGCUCACCAAAAUCACGCGUACAGGGUUGAAUACUUGGGAAACUGAAAAAAUCUUGGCUGUCUCCUUUGCUCCUCUCAUCCAGCCCUGCAGUACAGAUGCUGGGAAAUUGCAAAUGGUUCAACUCCCUUCUGUUAACGUCGGAACCCUCCAAGACCUAACUCGGAUCUGCAUUCGGCGGACACUUAAAAAUACGAUAAACGAGGAGAAGUCAAACAAUGGCGUGCAUCCGAAAAUCGCUUCCCGGUUUAAGAGGAGAAGGAUUCGGCGGCGACGUAUGGAUGCUAUCGUCCUUGUCGACAAGCAGGUGUUUGCGAGUCGAAUACCAAACCCUUUUGAUAACAACAACAACAACAGCAGCGAGGACAUGGAGGACGUCAGGAGAGAGGAAGAUGACAAGGAGUACAAUGAUCUUAAACCUGAGCCUCCAGUAAACUUACUUCGAGAAAAAAUCUUGAGUCUGCCUUUGCCUGAGCCAUUAAAAUUAUAUCUACUGUACUUCAGAGAUAAAUAAGUCUUGAAACUGACCAAGUAACACUGUAACAUAUUGCACUUCAGUUUGAAAGAGAUAGGGGGACAUAUAUUGCAAUGAGAAAAGUGAGCACUUUUACAGACUUGGUGGAUUUUUUUUCCUUAUCGAUAGUUUACUGCAUUCAUUUGUUUCUCUCAUUUAAAUUCGUUCUGGCGUCAUUCACAUAUCGUAUUGAAGAAUUUGAAAACGUAGUCUGCUUUGCACUGCUGUAAAUUACUGCAUCAUUUAUGGUAAAGCACUCCUUUUAAAGCAACCAGAUGAAUAGAGAAAUUGAAAGUGACUAUUCCUGUAAAACAGUUGUAUCUUGUCUGUAUAACAAAGUAUUGUAACUUGUAAUAACUUGGUAGUUGAAUAUUGAAUACUGUUCAGUUUAUAGUAAAGAUGGUGAAUUCUAAGCACAAUUUAGUGCUUUUAUAUGCCAAAAAAUAUAAAAAACUGUUUUAAUAUGUGAACUUUAGAAGUUCUUUUGAAGAGUAGUUUAGUUUUAAAAAAUAUACAAAUAGUAUUGGUUACUGCUCAACUUUUUCAUAUUUUUGCAGAUUGCUUGUUAGAUUGCAGUUCGAUCAGCUUCUGCACAAAUUGAUAUUUGUAGGAACAGAUGUAAGCAAAUACUUGUUUUAUGGUAAUUCUCUGAAUCAAUAAAAUUAAAUAAAAGUCUAUAUAAUCCUUUUGGUCCCAAA